GUCAAUCGUGCUUUCAGCAGCCUUGAAAGCGCAACAAGGACAAUCAUCAUGCGAUCACUGCUAGCAAUCCUCGUGGGACUGUCCCCAGCAGCAGCGCAACAAUUCCUGGUCAAUGAGUUGAGCUUUGGUUAUAACAACAAGAUAAGUCCCAACAACGAUGGCUCCAUCCCCAGCUUCUCUCUCCAGGGCAACCCCAAUACGCCCGAGAUCCUUUCCAACAAGAUCAUCCUCACCCCACCCGCUCCAGGCAACCAACGCUCUGCCGUCUGGGCCGAUCAAGCUCUCCAGCAUAUUCAAUGGACAGCCGACGUCGACUUCCGCGCCAACGGCCCCGAACGCGCGGGCGGCAACCUGAACAUAUGGCUAGUGAAGGAUGGCGCUCAGGAUGUCGGCACUAGUUCGAUAUACACGGUCGGCAAGUUCGAGGGUCUCGCCCUGGUGAUCGACACGUACGGUGGUAGCGCGGGCAUGGUGCGCGGUUUUCUGAACGAUGGGACCAAGGACUAUAGCAAGAUCUCGGUCGACGGGCAGUCGUUUGGGCACUGCGACCACGCGUACCGCAACCUGGGGCGCCCAUCCCAGAUCAAGUUCCGGCAGACGAUGGACAACUUCAAAGUCGAGAUCGACGGGCAGCUGUGCUUCGAGAGCAAUAGGAUCAGCAUACCAGCAGGCUACAAGCUCGGUCUCACCGCUGCGAGCGCGGAUAAUCCAGACUCAUUUGAGAUCUUUAAGAUGGUCGUCAUGACGGAGAACUUCGACCCCGCGCGGGAUAAGCACACCCAGCAAGUCCUGUCGCAGGACAGCGGAAGCGCCCAAGCGCAGGACGGUGGACUUUUCGGCCAGGCCCAAGAUCCCCCUGCCGCCGCUCAGGGUGGUUCGGCAGGCUCCUCGGGCAAUUUCGACUCGGCUUUUGACGAUGAUAUUGCCGAGGCGGACGCCGGGUCUAUUACCAGCUCUGGUGCGCAGUUUGCGGACCUGCACACGCGGCUGCAGAGCGUCAACCGCCACACGUCCAGCAUCUUCCGGAAGCUGGCCAAGAACGACAUCAUCGGGGAAACGCGCCACUCGGAACUCGCAGGCCAGAUCGGUGAGCUGAAGAGCAUGCUCAGCAAGCUGAACAAGCUGGAUGACAUGGAGAAGAAGAUCUCGAGUCUUGAAGGCGAGAUCCGGAAGCUGAAGGGCGAUGUGUCUAGCAAGGUCAGCAACAUGGAACGGUCUAUCAAGAACCUGGUCUCAGACACCCACUCGACACUGAACGAGACUGUGAAAGCCCAUGCCGCGCCCGGCCACGGUCGGCUGAUCGCUGUCAUUGUUGGCAGUCAGAUUGUCAUGGCGGUGGGCUACAUUCUCUACAAGAGGAGAAAGUCGUCACCCAAGAAAUAUCUUUAAGUAAGACGAUUAUACAGGCGGUGUCACUCUGAAUAGAUCAUUAUGGGAAGUAUACACACACACACGCCCACACACCCACACACACACACACACACACACAGAGAGAGAGAGAGAGAGAGAGAGAGAGGAGGGGGGCGGGGGCGUUAUUUCAAGUACGGCGGGCCAUCUUAGAAAGAGGUUGAUGGUUAUGGGUAAGGCCCAGUGGCAAGAAGGUAGUUUUUCAUUGAUGGGGGCGCAUAUCAUGUUGUAACAAAAGUGUGAGUAACGAGCCGGCGUUUAGUAUUGGUUCACCAUUUCAGGCCUUCCCCCAGCAUUGCGAAUGAUAUGCAUUUUGG